GGUAGUGGUGUUAGUUUGUAUAGAUCAGAAGUGAAUUUGAGUUAAUCUUUAGAAGACAAAACUACAAUUUGAAAGAUGGCAGGUGGAAGUUUCGUUGAUUCAAAUGGAGUACGGCAUUAUGAAGGAAAAGUCACAGGGUUUGUGCUAAUUACAUGUUUUGUGGCUGCCAUGGGGGGUCUUCUCUUUGGAUACGAUCUGGGUAUUACAGGAGGAGUGACUUCUAUGGACCCAUUUUUGAUCAAGUUCUUCCCUGUCGUGUAUCGACAAAUGAAAGGUGAAGCAGAAAGCAAGAGUCAAUAUUGUAAAUUUGACAAUCAACUUCUUACAUUAUUCACCUCUUCCUUAUACCUCGCGGCAUUGAUAGCCUGCUUUUUUGCUUCUACUACAACUAGAAUGUUUGGACGUAAACCCUCAAUGUUUAUUGGUGGCUUGUUUUUCCUUAUUGGUGCAUUGUUGAAUGGCUUAGCCAUUAACAUCGAAAUGCUUAUCAUUGGCCGUAUAUUACUAGGCUUUGGUGUGGGAUUUUGUAAUCAGUCUGUACCAGUGUAUUUGUCUGAAAUGGCUCCAGCAAAAAUUAGAGGAGCACUCAAUAUUGGCUUUCAAAUGAUGAUUACAAUUGGUAUCCUAAUUGCAAACCUCAUCAACUAUGGUACCUCCAAGCAUGAAAAUGGUUGGAGAAUGUCUUUGGGCAUUGGAGCUGUGCCAGCAAUUCUGUUGUGUAUAGGAUCUCUAUGCUUAGAUGAAACACCUAAUUCUUUGAUUGAAAGAGACCAACAUGAAAAAGCCAAGGAAAUGUUGAAGAAGAUCCGUGGCACCGAGAACGUUGAAGAGGAAUAUCAAGAUCUUGUUGAUGCUAGUGAAGCAGCUAAAAUGGUGGACCAUCCAUGGAAGAACAUUGUGCAACCCAAAUAUAGGCCUCAACUCAUUUUCUGCAUUUUUAUUCCAACAUUUCAACAACUCACCGGCAUCAAUGUUAUCAUGUUUUAUGCGCCAGUACUUUUUAAGAUUUUAGGCUUCGGCAAUGAUGCUUCACUCAUGUCUGCGGUUAUAACCGGAGUUGUCAAUGUUGUUGCCACACUUGUUUCUAUUUUCACAGUGGACAAGUUUGGAAGAAGGGUAUUAUUUCUUGAAGGUGGCGCACAAAUGCUUAUUUGUCAGGUUAUUAUUGGAAUCAUGAUUGGUUUAAAGUUUGGAUUGAAUGGUGAAGGAUCAUUUAGCAAAGGAGAAGCAGACGUUCUUUUGUUCUUUAUUUGUGCAUAUGUUGCAGCAUUUGCUUGGUCUUGGGGGCCAUUGGGUUGGUUAGUGCCCAGUGAAACAUGUUCUCUUGAGAUUCGACCAGCAGGUCAAGCUAUCAAUGUUGCAAUGAACAUGCUCUUCACCUUUAUCAUUGCUCAAGUCUUCCUUACCAUGCUUUGUCAUCUUAAGUUUGGCCUCUUCUUCUUAUUCGCUGGCUGUGUGGUUAUCAUGACCCUUUUCAUUGCGUUGCUUCUACCCGAGACCAAGAAUGUUCCAAUAGAAGAAAUGAAUAGAAUAUGGAAGGCACAUUGGUUCUGGACUAAGAUUGUUCCUGAUGUUGCUGCUACUGUCGCUCCUGGUAAAAAGGUGGUUCCAUGAAUUUAAUUAAUUAGGAAUUAGUUAUGAGUGAUAAUCAGAACAACAUCCAUUAACCAAAAUAAAAUUUGAAGAGUGAUUGAAUCCACAAAUAAAGUGCAUGUCGUGAGAUUUUCUUGUGCUUGGAAUUAAACAUGCGUUGUUGUUGUUGUUUAGAGUGAUAGAUUCUAGCCUUAUAUAGUACAUGUUAACUUCCCAAUCAUAUCCAUCAAGUAUAAUAAUUU